GGGUAAAAAAAAGAAAAGAGUUGUUACAAAUCCGAAAAAUGAUUAAAGAUCCAAAAAAACAUGUACAACAACACAAUAAUGUCGAUCGAAUGGUAUAUAAUUAAUUAUAAUUUUUUCAUACAUAUGUUUCCUUUUUAUAUAGCUAUUAUCCACUCUAUAUAUGCAUAAACAUUAUUCUCCUUUUGUAUUUAAAAAAAAACACUAAGCUACUAUCAAAAAGUUAUGGCAAAAUCCAUAAGUCAUUCUCUACUUCUUUUCUCCUUUAUUAUAAUGUACAUAAGACUAAUAGCAUCUCUAGCAAGAGUAGCAGCCAUUUCUAAUAGCUACAAUGUCCUAACAUAUGGAGCGGUACCCGUCGGAAAGACGGAUUCGAGCAAGGCCUUCCUGGGAGCAUGGACCGCGGCUUGUGGGUCCACAGAAGCCGCGACCAUUUACGUGCCCCCGGGAACGUUCUUACUAGGAAGUGUGACUUUUGAAGGCCAAUGCAAGAGCAAUGCCGUAACGUUUCAAAUAGACGGCGUCCUUGUGGCCCCUUCUGACUUCAAUGUAAUCGGGCGCGAUGGCACGUGGAUCAAUUUCAAUAGCGUUUCCGGGGUUUCCAUUGUUGGCGGGACCAUCGACGGGCAAGGCGCUAGUCUUUGGGCAUGCAAACACGCGAAUAAAGAAUGUCCCCAAGGAACUACGGCGCUUGCUUUUUAUCACUCAAGUGACAUUGUAAUUAGCGGGUUAAAGUCACAAAAUAGCCAAAUGUUUCACAUUGUCAUCUACGGUUCCAACAAUGCUAGAGUAGAAAGUGUCACCAUCUCCGCUCCCGAAGAUAGCCCCAACACCGAUGGCAUUCAUGUAGAAUCGUCCUCUAACGUGAAAAUCUUGCAUUCUGUUAUUGGCACGGGCGACGAUUGCAUCUCUAUCGGCCCGGGGAGCUCCAACUUGUGGAUCAACGACAUCACUUGCGGCCCGGGGCAUGGAAUCAGCAUAGGGAGUCUAGGGUGGCAAGUACAAGAGGGAGGAGUAGAGAAUGUGACAGUGAGUGGGGCUUCAUUCUUUGGGACACAAAAUGGGUUUAGGAUCAAGACAUGGUCAAGGCCAAGCAAUGGGUUUGCCAGAAACAUCACUUUUGAGCAUGGAGUCAUGUCCAACGCCCAAAACCCCAUCAUUAUUGACCAGAACUACUGCCCUUCUCACCCCAAUGGUUGCCCUAACCAGGGUUCUGGUGUGAAAAUAAGUGGCAUAAAUUUCCAAGACAUUCAUGGGACAUCAGCAACACAAGUGGGUAUAGAGUUGAAUUGUAGCCCAAAAGAGUCAUGUGAUGGCAUAACAUUAAACAAUGUUAAUUUGGGAUACAAAAAUGGAGCAGCCCAAUUGUCUUGUGCUAAUGCUCACUUCACAUACUUGAAUUCAUCAUUUAACCCAUCAUCAGGAUGCCUCAUCAAUGCCAUCUAAACCUAUAUAUUUAUAUCUAGUUUAUAAUUAAUUAAUAUGCUGUAUUAUUUAUUUAUAGUUUUUUUCUUGUAGUUUACAUUUAUUGCUGGAAUUGUUAUUGGAAAAAAAGUGUUUUAAUUUCUUUAUUUCUUGCAUUAACAAUGUAAGGAAAAAGAAGAGUAGUACUCCCGCCGUUCACUAAAAUCCAUCCUCUUUCAUAUUUUUUCGCUUUGACCGAAACACUUUCUUUCUUUAUUAAAGUGACUAAUAUAUCUAAAUAAAGUCAUUGCAAUAUAAUCUACCCAUUUUG